AUGUAUCAUUCUCCAUCAUCUAAUAUAACAUCGUUAAGUGAAAGUGUUUCUUUAACAUAUUUUGAUUCAACAUUUUCAACACCAUUAUCAUUAUUUGAUGAUAAUACAACAUUAAAUAAUACACUUGCAUCAUUAUUUUUUAUAACUGAUCAAACAAUAUUAAAAAAUGCAAAUUUAACAUGUACUCAAAUAAAAUAUGAAUAUGUUUCACAAAAACCUUUAUUCAAUAUUGUUCGUUAUAUAUCACAAAAUUUAAAUCGUUUUUUUAUUUUACCUGCUAUUAUUUUAAAUUUAUGUGCUUUUUAUAUAUUAAGACGUACACGUAUGAAUCGUUCAUCAUCAAUAGCUUUUUAUAUGCAAACAUUGGCAUUAUGUGAUGUUGCUUUUUUUGCAUUACGUGUUAUUUUUGGUGAAUUAUCAAGUUCAACAACUGGUAAACAAAUUUUAACAACUGGUUUAUGUAAAUUUCUUUUUCUUAUGGUCAAUGCAGUAAACUAUACAACUGUAUGGCUUAUUGCUGCUAUGAAUGCCGAUAAAUUUCUUGCUGUUUGUUUACCAUUACGUGUAUCAGAUCUUUUAUCACGGAAAAAAGCUUAUGCUGUAGUUAUAGCUGUUAUUAUUUGUUCAAUGCUUGUUGCAUCUGUACAUGCUAGUCGAACUGUAUUAAAAAAUAAUGCAUAUUGUUGGUUAGAAACAUUACAAGAUGAAAAGCUUGUUUUUAUACUUGAUGCAUUUUUUUGGUGCUUUAUUCCAUUUUUUGUUAUAUCAGUAUUAAAUGCUGCUAUAUUUGUUGCCUUAUUACGAGCACGUCGUGAAGCAUCAUGUUUACAUGAAUCAAUGAAUUCUUCAGCAACAGUACCUAUGAUAAAAGCAUCAACUAAUGGUCGAACAACAACAAAAACAAAUAAUUAUCUUAAACCACCAACAAAUAUAUCAACUCCAACACAAUGUCGUUCAUCAAAUACAAACAUAUCAGCAACAAAUCGUGCUCGUAUUCAAUCACAAAAUCUUCAAAUAACAAUUAUGCUUAUCACAAUAUCAAUAUCAUUUUUUGUUUUAACAUUACCAAAUGCUAUUUAUUAUUUGCUCAUAUUUCUCCGUGUUUUAAUUGAAAGUUGGAAAGCUGUUAAAUGUGAUGCGAAUUUAUAUCGAAAUCUUGAUGUAUAUGUACGAACAUCAGCUGUUAUGUAUCUUAUAUCAAAUAUUACAUCAGAUUUAAUGCAUGUGGUGAAUUUUUUUCUCUAUUUUAUUAGUGGUGCAAGAUUUCGUACUGAAUUUCGUCGAUUAAUAUUUUAUCAAUUAUGUCGAUGGUGUUGUAAAGCACAAGAUGGUACUAAUGGAAAAGACUUUACGAGAAAUGAACGUUCAUUUUUACGAUCAAGUGGAGUAGGGACAGUACGCACAUUGCCAUCAGUGCCAGGAGCUGGAAUUAAACAGCAACGUGCGUCAAAUACGAGUUAUUCAAUGACAAUAAGAGAUAAGCAGAACCCAAAACAUGCAAUAACACAUCUAUCUUCAAUUUCGAAUGUUGCGCUUGAUGGUAGUGUAUCAAGUGUGCUCGAAGGCAAAGCUUGA